AUGGUGGCGGAUAUUGUCUCCGGUGCUUUCAAGCGCCUCGUCGAUGCCUUCUCCGUUUGUCGAUCGUGCGGCGGCCACAUAAGCUCUCUCAAGAAGCAUCAGGAUGAGGAUUAUGUUCCCAGCACAACUGAACUCGAAGAUGUUGAUGAACACGAAGUUGUCGUGUCAGCAAUCAGGAGCAGAGCCAUGGAGAAGUCGAAGUAG